CAGUGCGUAAUAUUGGUCGAAAGUUCCGCAUGUGCAAAUGAAAACAAUAAAUUCAAAAUUGCGAAUAAAUACAUUACAAUGAGAUGACUGCAGUGCUAAGUGAGCUACUUUGUCGCGUUUGCCUGAAGCAGGAUGAGCUGAUGGUGGACAUCUACGAGCACGUGGAAGAACAGCAAUCGGAUCUGUGCACCCUACUAGAGCGCUGUGGCGACAUUAAAGUAGAUAAAUGGGAUGCAUAUCCAAAGUAUUUGUGCCAAGAGUGUACAAAAGAGCUGCUGAUCUCGGCCAAGUUUCGGGAGAAAUGUGCAGCCACGGAACAGGCGCUAAAACAGAGAACGCUGGUACGUUUAGAGGACGCAGCGCCAGCUUCUGCUAUUAACGUCUUGGCUGGCGAGGAGCUGGUGGUGGACGAUUAUGAGGAGGACAUAAUAAAUGCGGAUGACAUCAUUACAUUCGAUCCCAGCGAACAUGUAGAAUUAUACGAAGAAUGCGAGACGGAAGUGCCAGAUGAAAAAGUAGCGACAACUUUAGAAAACGCACCUGAAGGGCUUCCAUCCAAUGCCCAUUACAAUUGUGAUGAUUGCGGCGCUGUAUUCCAGCAGGCAGCCACGCUGCAGCGGCACAUUGUAAAGGCACAUCCCGCAACAGACGUCCACGAUUGCUCUCAAUGUGGUCACAGCUUUACUCAGAAAAGCAAUUUAGAAGCGCACAGUUGCACCGGAUCGGAUGUGCCGGUCGAGGGUGUGCGAGCACAGCGGGCGCACCAUCGUUGCGUUCACUGUGGCAAGUGGCUGCAGUCUGCCUCGAGUCUGGUUAUGCAUCUUCGCCUGCACAAUGGCGAAAGGCCCUUUGUCUGCGACGUUUGCCCAAAGACUUUCAAAACGAAUGGCGCACUUGUAGCCCACCAGAAAAGACACCUAAAGCUGGUGGAGUUUGAGUGCGCAUACUGUGGCAAGGGCUUUGUGGAGUCAAGCAAUCUGCGUCGACACGUUGCCUCGUUGCAUACGUCGGAACGGCCACACACUUGCACCAUCUGCCAGCGAACCUUCUCCCGCGUCUAUCUGCUUGAGAUGCACAAACGCACCCACACGGGCGAGCGCCCAUAUGCGUGUUCCCUCUGUGAUCGCAGCUUUGCCCAGUUGAGCGUGCUGCGCACUCACGAACGCAUCCAUACUGGCGAGCGGCGACAACGUUGCGACCUCUGCCAGAAGACCUUCAGCCGCAUGAUCCAGCUAAAGAAGCAUCAACUCAAGUCCUGCCUACGUGCGGGCACUCAAACAACGGAGGAAGUGGUUUCGUAGUUACUAGCAUUAAAACGUGAUGCAACAGAAGUUGGAGCAUUAAGGUACUUGAUUCUUGUAAAUAAAUAAGGCAGGUUUACCACCUAAGUCCUUGAUAGGUUAUGUCACUAGGUUAAAUAUAAUAAAGCGAGUUGUAAUCUUCAGUGCUAAGAAAGUUAUUUGGACAUCUCGCAACGCUACGUAAAAUUGUUGCCAAUGCAUAUCGGGAAAUACACUUGUGUAUGAUAUAUUAUGAAAGAAUAUUUUAUUUUAUUGCUGAGUACUACCAUGUGGUAAACUUAAGUUUUGAUUUGGGACCAAUCGAUCAUAUCUACAUUAAACUUCCAUACUUCCAUA